AUGUUGAGGUUCAUGUCCAAGCUGCCAGGGGCACCAACACCAGUAGAAACUGAGCCGACCAACGGGUACGUUGCAUCACCCUUCUACGAGGAGAUCGCCAAAGUGACCGUCCCGCGACAGAUAAGGAUCCCCAUUUGGAAGACCCUGCAUGAUGGAACAUCUGAUCCGUACCGGCCACGUCAACGUUUACAAGCAGCGAUGCGGCAGAUCGACAUUCCAUGGGACCUGGUCGAACCUGUCAUGUGCAAAUCCUUUGGAGGCACCCUCGACGGAGCAGGAUUGGAGUGGCUCAUGGACAUCACCCCCGGAUCCAUAUCAUGCCUGGCCGACCUGACCAACGCCUUCUACCAGCAGUUCGCCAGCAGUCGUCAGCUAGAGAAACAAACGAGUGAUAUUUAUCAGUUGUUCCAAUCUCCUACCGAGUCGGUACGCGAUUACUUUAGCCGUUUCAAUUGUGAAAAAAUUAGUAUAAAAAAUUGUGAUGUCAAGACAACUAUCGAAGCCUUCAAAAGAGGCCUCGUCCCCAACUCGAAGUUGUACCGGGAAAUCACCAAAUAUCCCUGUGCGACGUUCGAGGAGGUGCGAUCCAGAGCCAUUGCCCAGAUGCGCCUUGAAGACGACGAGGCAACCCGGACGACAGCACCACGACCAACAGGGGCAGCAGCGAUAGACGAUCAUACACCCCGAGGAACAACAGCUGGCGACAUCAACUAUACAAUCGCCAAAACCAGGAAUGAGUGGGCCGAUCACCCAGACAUCUCCGAGUACAGCUUCAACGUCGACAUCGGAGGCGUUGUCAACACCCUUCAAAAUAUAGGUGAAACCGUCAGAUGGCCUAGAAAGAGCGGCAUACCAGAUUCCAUGAAGGACAUGAGCCAAUGGUGUGAAUUCCAUAGCGACAAUGGCCACAAAAUCGAGGAGUGCAUCUCCCUUAAAAAGGAGGUCGCAUAUCUACUGAAACGGGGGCACCUGCAGGAGCUGCUAAGCGACAAAGGGAAGGAGACGUACAACAGAGCGAAAACCACCCAGCCCAACCCAACAUCAAGCAGCGACCGGCCGGCCCCGCCUAAAUUCAACAAAGUGGUAAAUGUUAUUUAUGGUGGUUCAGAUAUUUAUGGACUAACCUCCCCUGCAGCUAAAAAUAUUAUCAUAGGAGAAUCUGGAGCCAUCAAAGAGGGGCAUACCGAGAAUGAAAUCACCCUCGACAAGUCUCUCGCGGCAAUGUCAAUCACUUUCGACGACUCAGAUUCAGUAGACGCACACCCGGAACAUCAUGAUGGAUUGGUAAUAUCACUCCCAAUAGGCAACGCUCUUAUCAAAAGGAUCUUGAUCGACAACAUUAGCUCAAAAAAUGUGUUUUUCUUGGAGGCCUUACAGGAAAUGGGGCUCGAGGAAAAGAACAUCGUCAAAAGGUCGCCGAUUUUGGUCAGGUUCAGUAGACUGCGAACGGUUGGAGAGAUAUAA